AUGCGAGAAAAACCGGCUGUGACUUCCAAUGUGAAUGCGCAACACAUGGAAAAGUCUCCAACUGGCAGCCGGCCAAGCCCAUCCGGAGACUGGCCAGUCCUGUCUCCCACAGAUGAGACGAACGCUGCAGAGGAAGCACCUGUCAAAAUCUCCGCACCCACGGUGCAGUUUUCUGCAUACGUUUAUGUAGCUGACGAAGAGGAGGGCAUUGCUCAUUUGGACAUCAUCCGACUAGGAGACCAGUCCCGGCCCUCACAGGUGAGCUGGAGAACCAAGGAUGGAGCUGGAAAGGCAGGCGAGACAUACGAGCAGGCCAGUGGCACUGUGUACUUUGGUGUUGGAGAUGGAGUGGAGCCGAUCUCAGUAAAACUGCUGGGCAACGAUGACUGGAGUGCGAUCCUAGAUUUUCAAGUGGAACUUGUCGCAGACUCUGCAGUGUGGCCCGCCAGCAUUAGCGAAGUUACACCGUCUUUUUUGGCGCAUAAAGAUUAA